AGCAAUUCCUAGUUUAUUCAGGGUAUACACAGAAACUGUGUGUGCACCACGAGAAUUCUGCUAUAUAAGGAGGAUGAAAGCUACCUAGGACAACGUGCGCUACACAGUUAGAUACCUAGGACACUUGAAGCAACCGCUUAGUACUUACAAUGGCAAGAGAAAUUGCAAUAAUACUACUCAUGGCCGUUGUGCUUGCUGCCGCUAUGAUGGUGGCGAGCUCUAUGGACAUCACUGAUAGAGACUUGACGUCAGAGGAGUCCCUAUGGGCACUGUACGAGCGCUGGUCUGGGCAUCACAAUGUGAGGCGCGACCUUCGUGACAAGGCCAUGCGCUUCAGCGUAUUCAAGGAGAAUGCUCACAUGAUCCACAAAUUCAACCAAGGGGACGCACCCUACAAGCUGAGCCUCAACCUCUUUGGUGACAUGACCGAUGAAGAGAUUGACCACACGCACUGUCGCUGCUCUGACCUCCUGUCAGAUGGCGGGAAGCGACGCCAAGGCCGGUUCACACAGGGUGCCGUUGCAGCGUGCAACGACUUCCCAAUGUUUGUAGAUUGGCGGAUGACAGGGUAUGACCAACGCCCGUCGGCAGUGACAAGCGUGAAGAUCCAGAGAGGGUGCGGAGCUUGUUGGGCUUUCGCGCCGGCGGCGGCAGUGGAGGGCAUCAACUCCAUAAGGACCAGGAGUCUAAAGUCGUUGUCCGUGCAGCAGCUCAUAGACUGUGACAAGGGAAGUUUUGGCUGUCGUAACGGCAGAGUGCCAUCGGCCUUCAGGUACAUUAUCAACAACGGCGGCAUCGCCACAGAGGCUGACUACCCAUACAUUGCCGGUGAGCAUGGCUAUUGCUUGGUGCCAAAAAGAAAGAACCCCGUCGUCACCAUCGACGGCUUCAAAUGGGUGCCUAAUAAUGAUGAGGUGGCAUUGCUGCAGGCGGUGGCGGCCCAACCUGUCGUUGUGUUGCUUGACACAAAGAGCUUCCGACGUUAUGGAGGAGGUGUCUUUGUGGGUCCGUGUGGGACAAAUCAGACCCACGGAAUGACGGUGGUGGGCUAUGGCACCACCGAUGAGCAUGACCCCAAGAAACGCAUAGACUACUGGAUAAUAAAAAACUCAUGGGGAGAAAAAUGGGGUGAAAACGGCUACAUCCGUAUGGCCCGUGGUGCUGGUCCCGCCAAGAAGGGCUUAUGUGGCAUCCUGGUGCAUGCAUCGUACCCAGUGAAAUAUAAGUAAGAAAGGUAGGAAUGAUAUCAUGAAAAUAAUUUAA